GGCAGCUUCCUCCCAGCCACUUUCAAAACAGCGGGGUGGCUGUCGCCAUUGCCCACGAGAGCCUUCCACCACCCCCCUGGCAGAGGACCCAAGCAGAGCCAUUUCCCAUGGAGCUGAUGCGGUGCCCGGCAGCUGCCUUCCUCCUCUUCCUUCUCCCGGGUUUGAGCACAGGCCAACGGGUGGUGACAGUGCAGGAAGGGCCCCUCUACCGCACGGAGGGGUCCCACGUCACGCUGUGGUGCAAGGUGAGCGGCUACCAGGGCCCAUCAGAGCAGAACUUCCAGUGGUCCAUCUAUGUGCCCUCGGCCCCCGAGCGGGAGGUGCAGAUCAUCAGCACCGUCGACCCCUCCUUCCCCUACGCCAUCUACACCCAGCGUGUGCACAGCCGGGGCAUCUACGUGGAGCGGGUGCAGGGGGACGCCGUCCUGCUGCACAUCACCGACCUGCAGGACAAGGAUGCCGGGGAGUAUGAGUGCCACACGCCCAACACUGACGAGAGGUACUUUGGGAGUUACAGCGCCAAGACGAACCUCUCAGUGAUUGCAGACACUCUCUCGGCUUCCAUGGCGCCCCAGGUUCUCACCCAUGCUGAAGGAGAGACAGUAGAGCUCACCUGCGAGGUGUCCAAGUCCACAACCCAGCACACCCAUCUCUCUGUUGGCUGGUACCGUGUUCAGGGAGCAGGAGAGAGCCACGCUGAGGAGAUCCUCACCCUCUCCAAGGACUUUGUCCUGAGGCCAGGACCCUCUUACACGCAGAGGUUUCUGGUGGGGGACGUGCGGCUGAACAAGAUUGGGAACACCACAUACAAGCUCUCCAUCGGGGGAGUGGGGCCAUCUGACCAGGGUCAGCUGUACUGUGAGGCAGCCGAGUGGAUUGAAGAUCCUGAUGAGACAUGGAAGGACAUCUCUCGCAAGCAAACAGAGAGGACGUCACUGAAGGUCAUAAGCCAGGGUAGAGACCUAUCCGUGAACAUCGCUGCUGCUGAAGGCUCCCUUUCUGAAGGUGAUACCUUGCAGCUAAGUUGCACGGUGGGAGCCCAGAAGAGCAGCAGCAGGCACUUCCAAGUGCUUUGGCUCCUCAAUGGCAUGGAAAUGGCCAAGGUUGACCCCCAUGGGGUAUUGAUUUGGGAGGACAAAUAUGAGGAGAGAGCCAAGAUGGGACAGCUCCGAGCAUUCAAGCACAGCAACACGGUUUAUGUCCUCACCAUCUAUGAGGUGGGGCUGAAGGACAACGGUACGUACCGCUGCUCUGUUUCGGAGGUGAAGACUCCUGGAGACUUUCACAGCAUCCAAACCAAUCUGUCAUCAGGCAUCCAAGUCAACGUGAAGCCAAUAGAGAGACGCAUGCGCCUGUCCGUGUCCACCAGCACGCCGCAGGUCGUGGUGGGAGAUGCCUUGAUCUUCCUUUGCAAGGUGCAAGGAGCAACUGGCCGUGUGUCUGUACGGUGGUGGCACCUACCACCACAGCACCCAGGUCCCCGAAUGCCGGUGGCCACCAUGGGGCAGGAUGGCACCCUGAGCCUGGGCAGUGCCUACCAGGAUGUCAGGACUCGUGGGAGCCUCCGGCUCGAGAAAGCGAGCUCCAGUGCUUUCACCCUGGUGAUUCCCAACACGCUGGAUGAGAGUGACAGCGGGCGGUAUGGGUGCGAAGUGACGGAGUGGUCCCAAGGCCGGAGCUGGACAGAGGCAGGAGAGACGUCAGUGACAGUCAGCUCCAUGGGUCUCAGUCUGCAGGCCACCCUGAGAAGCCGAAUUGCCACCGUCAGAUACGGGCAGAGUUUUGAGCUCGUCUGCCAAGUGAGCGCCAGCUACACCUUCGAGGAGGUGCCAGUGUCUGUGGGGUGGCUCUUCCAGCCCAGCCCACCCACUGGCCACUACCACAAGGUGGUCUGGGUCUUUGCUAAUGGCAGCACAGUCUGGGGGACAGCGCAGCCACACUUCCAGGGGAAAGCCCAGCUGACGAAGGCUGCCACCUCCUUCAGGCUGCACAUCCACAAUGCCGCCGCUGCCGAUGAGGGGACAUACCAGUGUGAGGUGGAGGUCUGGAGGAGGAACGCUCUACCUCUGGGGCAACCAGCAGCCACCACCAGGUCCAACGCUGUGGGGAUAAAGGUCGUGCUGCCAGAAAGCAAGCUUCAGAUAGCUGCAAAAGGGAGGUCUAUGGAGAUUGCUGGUGGUGCUGACACAACCGUUGAGUGCAGGAUCGUGUCUGCCCUGAAUAAUUCUCAGUUGGCCAUUACCUGGUACGUCUUACCUCCUCCUCCGGCAGACACUACCCCCCUGCAAAUCCUAAGGAGCGACUACAGCAGCAUACAGGAAUAUGGGGCUGAAUUCAGCUCUCCUGCACAGAAGUCCCGGUUCCUGAGCCAGAGAGUGUCCAACAAUGUUUUCUGGCUGCGGAUACUCUCUGCGAACCCCGGGGACCAAGGCCAGUACUACUGUGUGGUGGAGGAAUGGCUCUGGCUGGUGGAUGGCUGGUACAAACUUGGAGAACGAGCAUCAGGAAGGACCACGCUGGAGUUCAAGCUCCCAGAGCGCGAACUGCAGCUGGAGAAAACCAACUACAGCGUCUCGGCGAGGGAGGGCGAGGAGGUGACGCUGCGCUGCCUGCUGCAGGGUGCCCGCCUGCCCACCACCCACCUCUCCGCCACCUGGUUCCGGGGGAAGGAGAGCGGCCGUGUCAGUCCCCUGCUCACCCUCCACCGUGACGGUGCCAUCGAGUACCCAGAGGAGAGCCUGGCGAGGAGGCUGCACCUCCGCCGCCUCACCGCUGGCAACUUCAGCCUGACGCUGCUCAGCGUGGAGCAGGAUGAUGCCGGGGUGUAUCGCUGCCAGGUGCAGGAGUGGCAGCAGCAGGGCGAGGGGAAGGACUGGGCUCUGCAGGCCUUGGCGCACUCUGGGUACACCCAGCUCACCACCACCCCGCCAGAGUCCACUGUUUUGUCUAGGAUCUGCUCAUCCCCACCACUGCUGAACUUCAUGCUAUAUUUACCGCUGGUUCUGAUCCUUCUCCUGAUCCUUGCUGUCUUCUGCUGGUACUUCAAGUUCCAAAAAAACAAGAAGGGCAACAUCACAGGAGACCAGCUGAUGGAACUGCAAGGGGAUGGAGAGGUCAAGAAAAGUGAGCUGGGCUAUAAUGGCAGAUGUAAUUUGCAGGAGCAGAGCUGGACCAGCUGAGGAGGACUGAGUACUUGCAGAAGGACUUUUCAUUUUUUUUGUAGUAGCUUUUUGCAAUUGUAUGUUUACUUUCAGUGGAAUGAAGUGGCUUUGAAUUACUAAGCAGAUAGGGCUUUCUUAAAAGGCGUCCCUGUCUCUUAGGUUAGGUACCCACCCAUUUCACACUCUGUUCAUUGUGAUAUACUUGAGGUCCUUGCAGUAUGUGUCUCCCACUGUUGAUGGAAGUGGUGUUAUUCCUCUGCAGGUAUAAGGGGAAAACCAGCUGUUUCCACUGCAACACAAAAGUAUCAAAUUGCUACUCAUUUUAGGUGACUUGACAAAAUCUAUGUGGUGUACAGGCCUAGCAGGGGUACCACAGCCAUCCACAAAAAAGAAUCCUGUUGACCCAAUGAGGGACUUGCAUGGAGUCUUGUAUCCUAGAAGGAAAAAGUGGACACCAAGCCAUCUUGGAGACAAGUGUACAAAGACUUUCCAGCUCCUUCCUUUGCUGGGACGGUUGUAGUUGAGACAGCAUCCAGCUGCUCAUGCCUGGGCUGUCUGGAUCAGGAAGCUGCGUGGCUGUGACCUGGUAUUACACACCUCCAGGUUGUACCAUAUAACAAAAAAAAAAGCCGUGUGUCUGCUUAUGGGGCAGCUUCUCUACGCUCUGGGAUCCUGCUCAGGCUCAUUUUUUCAAAGCUGAGGAGCUCUGCUACCUGAAGACUGGCUGGCUGGUACAUCAGAGGAAAGGAGAUGUUCAAUCCAGUCCCCGUAAAUCCAGGGAUCCUCAACCCCUAAUAGUGCAAAGUGGGAUGUGGUCCCAGUGAGCUGUAAGGUCAGGUGUCAGGGUGACACUCAAAGCACUGUCCUCAGACAAAAGCAGCCAUAUGGAAAUCAUGGCAGAUGUUUAUGAACUUACUUCUUUUGUCCAGAGGGAGGUUGGAGACAGCACAUCCCGUCUAGGUGAUCUGUUCAAGUCCUUCACUUUCCUUACAAUUAGAAAAGCUGCCUGCCCUGUAUCCCGAGGAACUGGGAGGUUGUUCAGUCCCUUUCUCCUUGAAAAAGCACUUUUUAUAUGAGUCUGAAGACUACUGAUCUUGUCUCCCUGCUCAGUUGCCUCUGCCUGUACCGACUGGCUCAGCCUUUCCCUGUGAGUUAUGUUUCCUGGACCUCGUGCAGCUUUUUCCUUUUGCCCCGACCCCAGCUGUCUCUCCUGUGGCGUGAGCGCUCGGAGCCGCACGUGGGGCUCUCUGCAGAGAGGCUUCCCCCCUGCCUUGCGGGUUAUGUCCUGUUUACACAUCCCAGCAAGAUGUUUGGUGUUCUGUGUGCGUGUGACAGCGCGGCGCUGCUUGCGCUUGGCGUGCGCUUGGCAGGCUCCUCUCCUGCAGACUUGCUGUCUAGCAAGUUGUUCCUCCGCUGUGUGCUCAGGCUGUUGACUUUUCCUAUCUCAUUGAAGCACCGUUUGCAGGGGUGUGUUGAACAGCUUUCUGCACCAGUUUGUAAAAGAUCCCGCUGUCUGUUUGUCUUAAUUCUGUCUUGGUAAUGCGUUAACUCAUGGACCAGUUUCAGUCUGUUUUGACAGAGAAAACAGAUGCUCCCAGGACAUUAAACUCCCACAAGUUUCAUGAAAAGUGGUAGCUGGAUGAAGGAGAGGAGGCAGACGAGUUGUCCCUCUAAGGGAAGGCUGCAGUACGAGUUGCCUGACAGCCAGCCCUGAGCCAGCUGUACACUGGCUGCCUGGCACCCAGCUCAUAAUUAGGGGAUACAGAAGGGACAGAGUAUGGGAAAGGAAAGAAGGAACCAUUUUUGACCACGAACAUUAGCAACUACUCUGUGUACAUAGUUUAUCUGCCAAUUUUGUGCUGACCCUCUGUGGUUUCGUUUGGAUUGUUUCCUUAGCUUGCCCAUAAAGUACCUUGGGAGCUAUACUUCACAAGCCUUGGUAAAGUCAAGAAUAUAGGAUGCCUACUGCUUAUCCCUUCUCACAAGGCUUGCAGCCUUCUUGCAGGGGAGAUUAGAUAGGUCUGACAUGCUCUGUUCUUGUUUAAAAUAAAACAAAAUAAAAAGUUUCCCUUUUUUUUUCUUGCCGCCUUCUAGGUGCUUUUAAGUCCUUUGUCCCUGUGUUUUCCAGAGGAUUGCAGUUAAGAAGAUGCAGGGUGUUAAGUUUCUCCUUCUUUUUAAAAACAAUUUCACCCUUUUCUCGUCACUUGGUGUCUCACACCUCCUCAGGUGUUACUGCAGAAAACCACUAACAGGCGGCUUGGCAGCCCAUUCUACAUGUGUCUUAGGAUGAACCUUGUCAAAAACCUAACCUAUUUAAGUUGCUACUCAUUACCAAAGUGCUGGGGUGGUGGUGUGGGACACCCUCUAUGCUGCUGUGUGUGAGUCAGUCUCCAUAAGCUCUGUGAGCCCUUUGCGUGACCUGGCUGGGUUUGGUCCAUCCCCCAAGAACAUGCUGGCCCCUUGCUUGGCCACCUUGGGGUAUUCUGUUGCAGGUCUGCAGAGGCAUCUUUGCUGCCAUCUGAUCUUCACAUAAAAAGCUGCAGACUCUACUGCAACAUGAGAUUUUUGUGUCUGGUGGACUGAGGGAAGAAGGUGGGGCAGAGAGAGAGGGGUUUCUCUGUCAACAGGGCACUUACUUCUUCUGUCCUGUUUUUGCUCAGUUAACCAGAGGCCUACGUGAGUAGCAGCUUUCUAUUCAUGCAGGUUUAGAGGUUUUAGUUUAAGUUUGUAAAGUGUGCCUAAGGCCUUGAUAAAAGGGUCUGCAAGAAGAAUGUGUGUUUUUACAGUGGUGGGGAUUUUUCCUCUUUAUUUUUCCUGUGUCUUUCCUGGAUCACUGCCAAGCCUUUCGGCUGUAUUUUUUAAGAUGUACUUUUUUCCAUGACUGAACUCAGAAAGAGUUGUAACUUAUCACAGCAAAAGCUCCAAAACUGUCCUAUUUUUAAAGAGAACAUUUCACUCGGUUGAGGUGAAUGUGUGAGAGGGAAAGACAUGUGUAUGGUGGGUCAGGGAAUGGUGUUACUGGGGCUAUUGGCCACCUUUACCCACCCCCAUGCCACCCUUUUUUCAAGUCCAGCCUCUGAUGUAAAUUAGAACAGCUGAUAAAGUAAAUAUUUAGCUUUUAUAGCCCCAUGGGGGAGCACAGUGCAACAGGACAGACCCUGCAGCACAGCAGUGCCCCUGUUGUGCUCCAUCCCCAAGAUGUGCCCUUGUCCAGGGAACAUCCUGUGUGAGGGCAGCAUGUGGUGAGAACAUCCAGAGUCCUUUCAUAGGCUUUAAAGCAGCUUGAAGGGGCCACAGGGCAACGUAGAGCUGGGUCCAAGAGGAGUUAAUCCAAUGGGAAAUGCUUGCACAGGGCUAUAGGAACACAAGAGCUGUGUUGUGGGCAGACCCUCACUGUUCAGAAGAUGGAUGAUGUGAGAGUGGGAAGAUAACCCCUGCCUCAUGUUGCCUUCCUGGGAUGCAGGGCACCUUUGGGCAGGAACAAGUCUCAGUGACUGCUGGGGUGGCUCGCCCAACAUGCAGUGGGACAAAGGAUCGCAGCAGUGCCUCUCUCACCUUGCACUGAGGACCUUUCACUGCAAGGCUCGUCUACCCUGAGAGGAGGGAAGGGUGGGUGAUGAGUUAGCUGCUGUGCAGGAGCAGUGGGAAUUGGCUUGCAUGGAAGGAGAUAGUUUGCAUCCUCUGGCAGCUGAUGGCUCAUGGUUUCCUGGCCUGCCCUCCUCCCUGGGAGCAGAGGGCACAGCAGCAGCGUGCUGUCCUGUACUGCCAGGGCAAGGUUGUUGAGGAAGGUUGCCAAACUUUCAAGAAAUGCUUCCAAGUAAAUGACUUGGAGUUCUCCUGGCAUGUCCGCUUUCAAGCAGCAUCUCUUCAUUCCUUCCUAUUAACUCUGAGCUGGUUUUGAAAUUUGACAUUGUUUUCUUCCUAUGAUAAAAUACUUAAAGACUGGAAAUAAAAGAUGAAGUUUUGAUAUGUGCUUUAGUCUCACUUGAUGCUGUAUCCAUUCUAGUUGUUUCCUGCAGCCCCUGUUUGUUUUGUGUGUCCUUCGGCUUUGGCCUUUAGCACCUAGGGCAAAAAGUGGAACCACUCUUAGGAAGCUAA